AUGGCUAGUCUACUGUGGCUUGCUCACGUUCUCUGCUUCCUUUUGUUUCACUUGCAUUUCCGAGCUGCUUCUUCUUUACCUUUUUCUUUCAAUUCCUCCUCUCCAGCCAUGCCGUGUCAACAUGACCAGAGUCUUGCCUUGCUCCAAUUCAAGAAAACCUUUUCCAUUAGAAGUAAUGCCUCUUCCUGGGAUUUCCCUUACCCCAGGCCUUAUCCCAAAACUGAGUCUUGGAAAGAGGGAACGGAUUGCUGCUGGUGGGAUGGGGUCACUUGCGACAUAGAAACGGGUAAUGUAAUUGGCCUUAACCUUUCUUCUAGCUUGCUCUAUGGUACCAUCCAUUCUAAUAAUACUCUUUUCUUCCUUCCUCAUCUCCAAAAGCUUGACCUCUCUAACAAUGAUUUCAACCGCUCUCAAAUUGUACCUCAGUUUGGCCAGUUUUUGAAUUUAUCAUGUCUUAACCUAAACUACUCUGUUUUUGAGGGCCGAAUUCCACUAGAAAUUUCUUAUCUGUCUGGUUUGGUUUCGCUUGAUCUUUCAAGGAAUUAUGAUUUGAUACUCAAAGCCACUGUUUUUAACGAGAUUGUUCAAAACCUAACCCAGUUACAGGAAUUGGACCUAAGUGAUGUAAACCUGUCUUCGGUUGCAACUAGUUCCUUGAUGAAUUUGUCUUCUUCUAUAUCAUCACUUGCACUCUCCUCUUGUGAAUUGCAAGGGAAAUUCCCAGACAACAUAAUUCGACGACCAAACCUCCAAUUGCUCGAUUUAUCGGGCAAUGAAGAUCUCACUGGUUCCCUACCUAGGCAUAAUUGGAAUAACUCCUUCCGUUCCUUGUCUCUUUCUGGGACAAAAAUUCCAGUAUAUUUAGACCAUGACUUCAUUAGUAAUUUAAAAUCCUUGGAAACACUGGAACUUCGUGCCUGCAACUUUGGACUUUCAACUUCGGAAUUGUUUGGUAACUUGACUCAACUCUAUUCAUUGGACCUCUCUUAUAACAAUUUUAAUGGUGAGAUUCCCUCCUCAUUUGGAAACCUUGGGGAACUCUAUUCAUUGGACCUCUCUUCUAACAAUUUUAAUGGUGAGAUUCCCUCCUCAUUUGGAAACCUUAAACAGCUUCAUACUUUGAACCUUUACAACAACAAUCUCAGUGGUCAAAUUCCAUCCUCACUUGGAAACCUUGGGGAACUCCAUUCAUUGGACCUCUCUUGUAACAAUUUUAAUGGUGAGAUUCCCUCCUUAUUUGGAAACCUUGAGGAACUCUAUUCAUUGGACCUCUCUGAUAACUAUUUUAGUGGUGAGAUUCCCUCCUCAUUUGGAAACCUUAAACAGCUUGAUACUUUGAACCUUUACAACAACAAUCUCAGUGGUAAAAUCCCAUCCUCGCUUGAAAGCCUUGGGGAACUCUAUUCAUUGGACCUCUCUUAUAACAAUUUUAAUGGUGAGAUUCCCUCCUCCUUUGAAAACCUUAAACAGAUUGAUAUUUUGUGGCUCAACAACAACAAUCUCAGUGGUCAAAUUCCAUCCUCACUUGGAAGCCUUAAAGAACUCUCUUCAUUGGACCUCUCCUAUAACAAUUUUAAUGGUGAGAUUCCCUCCUCCUUUGAAAACCUUAAACAGCUUGAUAUUUUGUGGCUCAACAACAACAAUCUCAGUGGUCAAAUUCCAUCCUCACUUGGAAGCCUUAAAGAACUCUCUUCAUUGGACCUCUCCUAUAACAAUUUUAAUGGUGAGAUUCCCUCCUCCUUUGAAAACCUUAAACAGCUUGAUAUUUUGUGGCUCAACAACAACAAUCUCAGUGGUCAAAUUCCAUCCUCACUUGGAAGCCUUAAAGAACUCUCUUCAUUGGACCUCUCCUAUAACAAUUUUAAUGGUGAGAUUCCCUCCUCCUUUGAAAACCUUAAACAGCUUGAUAUUUUGUGGCUCAACAACAACAAUCUCAGUGGUCAAAUUCCAUCCUCACUUGGAAGCCUUAAAGAACUCUCUUCAUUGGACCUCUCCUAUAACAAUUUUAAUGGUGAGAUUCCCUCCUCCUUUGAAAACCUUAAACAGCUUGAUAAUUUGUGGCUCAACAACAACAAUCUCAGUGGUCAAAUUCCAUCCUCACUUGGAAGCCUUAAAGAACUCUCUUCAUUGGACCUCUCCUGUAACAAUUUUAAUGGUCCCAUCCCUUUCAAAGGAAGCAAGCUUUCAAGUCUAGUGUACCUUGAUUUAUCCAAUAACUUGUUACAUGGCCCAAUUCCAAGUUCAAUUUUCAAACUUACGAACUUGAGUGUUCUCAUUCUUUCAUCCAACAAAUUGAUAGGAGAAGUCUCUCCUGCAGUUUGCAAGCAAAAUUCUCUUGAAAUUCUUGACUUGUCAAACAAUAGUUUGAACAGCUUCAUUCCACAAUGUUUGGGAAAUUUCAGCAACAAUCUUUCAGUGUUGCAUUUGGGCGUGAACAAGUUCCAUGGAAGCAUCCCUGAAACAUUUUCAAUAGGCAGCAGCUUGAGAUAUUUGAACUUCAAUGGCAAUCAAUUGCAAAGGAGAAUCCCACCAUCCAUUUCCAAUUGCAAAGAUUUGGAAAUUUUAGAUCUUGGCAACAACAAUAUAGAUGACACAUUCCCCCAUUUUCUGGAAACUCUUCCAAAGCUACAAGUUCUAAUGCUACAAUCUAAUAAACUCCAUGGUUUGGUGAAAGGGUCCUCCGCCCAUCAUUCAUUUUUAAAGUUACGUAUUUUUUACCUCUCCAACAACACGUUUGAUGGACCUUUACCUGCAGAGUAUUUCAAUAAUUUCAAGGCAAUGAUGAUCUUUGAUUUGAAUAUGAAAUACAUGAUGGCACCAAAUUAUUAUUCUUAUGAUUAUUCUGUGAGUCUGACACUCAAAGGCUUAGAGAUUAAGCAAUAUCCAACCAUCAUUGGGGAUUUGAGCAAUUUGGAAUCAUUAGACCUCUCUUCAAAUCUUCUUGUUGGAAGGAUUCCAAUGCAAUUGACAUAUUUGACAUUUUUGGAAGUGUUUCGGGUUUCAGAUAAUCAACUUGAAGGACCUAUACCUGAAGGAAAGCAGUUCAACACAUUCGAUAACACUUCAUAUGAAGGAAAUUCGGGAUUGUGUGGAUUCCCACUAGAAAAAUGUGACAAUGGGGAGAGGCAACUACCAACAUCAUCAAAAGAAAUUGAUUCCAAGUCUAAAAUUGGAUUUGGAUGGAAAGCUAUAUUGGCGGGGUAUGGAUGUGGAGUAAUAUUUGGUAUUGCAAUGGGAUAUGUUAUGUUUAAGAUAAGAAAACCUGCAUGGCUUGUGAGGAUGGUUGAAGGUGAAAGGCAUCAAAAGCUAAAAAGAUCUAGCAAUUAA